AUGUUCGGGGGAUUCUUUCCUGCUGCUUUUGCUGCUCGACUGCAGCAGGCCAUAGAACGCAGAGACCCCGAGGCCCUUGUUGCUGUUCUCAAGGAAGACGAGGGGGGCCCCUACCAGGCGGACUCUUUGGCUUUUGCUGGAGACGCUGCCUGCCUGCACGUUGUCUUUGCUGCGCUGCAGCAGCAGCAGCAGCAGCUGGAGCUGCUGGAAGCACUUUUCUCUCACGGCUGCAGCGUCGACUCUGGCUGGCCCUCGGCUGCCUUCUUCGCAGCACGCCCCAGCAGCAGCAGCAGCAGCAGCAGCAGCAGCAACGGCAGCAGCGGCAGCAGCAGCAGCAGCAAACCAGCCCUAGAGGACGAGGACUCUGAGGGCAUGUCGAACGGCUUCACGCACUUGUGUGUGCAGAAAUCAGCUGCUGCUGCUGCUGCUGGGGGCAGCAGACACAGCAGCAGCAGCAGCAGCAGCAAAGGCCUGGGGGGCAUUAGAUGGGGCCCCAGGGGCCCCCAUAAGGGUACUGUACCCUUACCUGCUGUGCUGCAGCCCCCCAAGAGGGGCCCCUACGGGUUGGGGCCCGCAGCAGAAGGCUGGCUGUUCAGCAGGAAAAGUGCAGCAGCAGCAGCAGCAGCAGCAAACGGGGGCGACACAGAGCAGCAGCAGCUGCUGCUCAAGAAGCUUAAAGAAGCCCCACUGCUGCUUGUCGGAGAGGUGGGGUUGUUGUACUCGGGGGACUUGGCGGUGCACCACCUCAUAGCAGAAAUGUCUGAACAACCCGGGAAACUUUUGGUAGCUGCUGCUGCAGCCAGUUCGCCUGAAGUGCUGCAGCGGCUCCUGCAGCGGGGAGGAAACCCCAAUUGUAUGAGGCACGGACUAUCGCCGCUGAGUGUUGCUGCUGCAUGCGGCGCAGCUGCAGAAGGGAAGGCUCGGCUCCUCCUGGCCUUUGGGGGGGCCCCCGAGGCCCCCCUGCCCUUUGCUGCUCAGAAGCAAUGUGCUGCAGCAGCAGCAGCAAUAGCAGCAACAGCAGCAAAGCGGCUUGCUGCCUACGCGCUGAAAGCCAGCAGCCGGUUCCAGCUGCGGCAAGCAGCAGCAGCUGUUCCUCUUUCGCCAAAUGGGACUCCUGAUGCAGCAGGUGACGCAGCAGCAGCAGCAGCAGCAGCAGCAGAACUGCCCUGCUUCGGAGCUCUCGAAGCAGCAGCAGCAGCACUGGGCCGCCCCGUUGCUGUUGCUGCCGGAGAUGACAUUCCCGCUUUGCUGCAGGCAGCAAAUAACAGGAACUUACCUUUGGCGGAGCUGCUGCUGGACAACGGGGCCUCGCCUGAGGUGUACGUACUCUCUGCUCGGCUGCCUUCUCCUCUUUUCUAUUCUGUCUUUUGGGGUUUGCUGCCACUCGUGAGGCUUCUCCUGUCUCACGGCGCAAACCCAUUCAUUGCCAAAGAAAACGGAGAAGGCCUCGAAGUCACCGCCCGCCGCGCGCUGCACUUCUCGCUGCUGCAGAAGCCGCAGCACAUUUUGAAGCUGCCGCUGCCCAAGGCCUCCCCCGCAGUCUGCAGACAAAUUCUUUCCCUCAUUGAAACGGCGCAGCGGCGCUGGGCUUCCAUAGUGCUGCAGUCCGUGAGCAGCAACGAGAGCGACCCCGCAACAGCAGCGGCAGCAGCAGCUGCUGCUGCUGCUUCGCGCAGUGGCCUCAGUGCUGCUGAUGUUGCACCCAAAGCCCCCGAGCUGCUGCGGGCCACUUGGGAGUCUUCAGUGCUUGAGGGGCCCCGCAGCCCGGCAGCAGCAGACUCGUUUCUUAGCAGCAGCAGCAGCAGCAGCAGCGGGAGCGGCAGCAGCAGAAGCAUCAUUAGUAGUCUAGGAAGCAGCAGCUGGUACCCUGGGCGCCCCCUCUCCUGUGUGACAGAGAUGGACUUGGGAUUCCCCCAGGGGGCCCCCCCUGCAGCAGCACUUGCUGCGCAUAAGGAAGGGGAUACUACAGCAGCACCUGGGGGCCCUCUAGCUGCUGCUGCUGCUCCUGCUCCUGCUGCUGCUGGCAUAACGGGGGGUUCUGGGGGCCCCCUCUUCCGCCUCCCCUCUGUAUCAUGCCUGUUUGAAGAGGCCCCACAGCGGGCCCCCGGGGCCCCUGGGCAGGGGCCCCUGUGGGCCCCGGGGGCCCCUGCCAAGGGGCCCCUGCAUGCAGCCUUUUUAAGCAGCAGCAAGCCAGUAAGGGGGGCCCCUAGCAGCACCGAAGGUACCCUUUUGGGGGCCCCCUCUUCGGGCGCCUGGCCUUGGGCCCCAAGCCCUUCUCUAGAUAUCUUUGCAGCAAAUAGUCCUGGUAGUCCUGCUGCAGCUCCUGCUGCAGCUCCUGCUGCAGCUGACGCUGCAGCAGCUGCAGCUGAUGCUGCUGCUGCUGCUGCACCCAAUGCUGCAGCUGACACCCCUGCGCACCUCCUCGCCAUCUCUCCUGCUGGUUCUGCAUCUGAUUCAGCUGCAGCAACAGCAGCCGCAGCAGCAGCAGCAGACCAGUCUGUGGCUGUUUCAAAUGGAGAAGCUGAGAAGCCUUGGGGGGCCCCCCUCCAGGUUUCUUUGUUCCCUACGGGGGCCCCACAACUGCCAAUCCCAGGGGGUCCCCAGCAGCAACUCUCGGGGGCCCCCUUUCAGCCAAUUUCAGGGGCCCCCAACAGGACUGUAUCCUAUAGGUCCACUUCUGGGGGCCCCCCUGAAUCGACAUCUGGGGGCCCCCAAGAUUCCGCUUCUGGGGGCCCCCUAAAGUCCAGCUCGGGGGGCCCCCCAGAGUUCACCUCAGGGGGGCCCCCAGAGACCAACUCGGGGGGCCCCCUGGAGUCCGCCUCGGGGGUCCCCCUAAAGUCCACCUCAGGGGGGCCCCCAGAGUCCAGCUCAGGGGGCCCCUUAGAGUCCACCUCGGGGGGCCCCCUGAAGUCCGCCCCAGGGGCCCCCUCGGGGGGCCCCCCAAAGCCCACUUCUGGGGGCCCCCUAAAGCGCACUUCUGGGGGCCCCCAGAGGUGGAAGCGCUUCCACCGCGAGUUUUCUUUAGGGCACUUCUUUAACCGCAAAAAGACCAGGGGGCCCCACUAA